UCCUUUUCCUCAUUUUUCCCAUUUCCACAAGGUUUUUCCCACCGGUUGGGAAGCAGACAUGGGGGUUCCCCAAUUCCCAGCCUCACGCAGGUGUCACCCCUGGUGAUGUGUCUGUCCCCACGCAGCUCUUCACUGACGGCAUCACCAACAAGCUGGUGGCCUGCUACACGGACGAGGGCAUGGGGGACGCGCUGCUGGUGCGGGUGUACGGCAGGAAAACCGAGCUGCUGGUGGACAGGGAGACGGAGCUGAGGAACUUCCAGGUGCUCCGAGCCCACGGCUGCGCCCCCGACCUCUACUGCGCCUUCCAGAACGGGCUCUGCUACCAAUUCCUGCCGGGAAUCGCGCUGGGACCCGACCAUGUGAGGGAUCCUCACAUCUUCAGGCUGGUGGCGCGGGAGAUGGCGCGAGUCCACGCCAUCCACGCCAACGGGAGCCUCCCCAGGCCCAUCCUGUGGCAGAAGCUGCGCAAAUACCUCAGCCUGGUGAAGACAGAGCUCAGCCCAAAGGUAUCCAACGCCAGGUAAAGGCAGAGGGAUCCCACAGAGCCAGGCUCUGCCUCGGGCACCCCCUGCCCACCCUCUGGGGCCGAGGUUCCCAGGUAAAGCCUCUGCGGGGAUUUAGGGCUGGAUUUGGGGCUGGAUCCAUCUCAGAGCGCCUGGGGCAGCUCCAACUCCUUCUUGCUGCCGCUUUGGGUGGGAUUUCAGCUUUUUUGGAGCUCUGGAUGUGUCUGUGCAGGAUCCAGAUGGAGACACAGCGUCUCAUUGCUGGAACAAUCCUCCUGGGAAUUUAAACCUAGAAUAAACCCAAGCUCAAGCCCUGCUGAGCUGACAAUUAACUCCAAAAAUUAAACCACUCAAUUCCCACUUCCGGCCAGCCCAUCCCGCUUUUUGGGGCGGCUGUUUUGGCCCGGCAGGUGGGAGUUGGGGUGUCUGGGAAGGAUUUGGGCAGCCCCAAGAGGAGCAGGAGGUGAACGAACCCCGGGCAGGGCAAUGAUUAACCCGCAUCAGGAACCAGCCGGGCUUUUCUCAGCACCCGCCGGGCCACGGGCAGACUUUACCCACCCCGCGCCUUCCUCGAGGCCAAUUAGGCAAUCAUUAACGAGCUCUCUUCUUGGAACCUCUCCUGAGGUUACCAGAGUCCAAAACAACCCCGGGUGCUCAGGGAGACAGCGCUGGGUGGGUUUGGGGAGAGGGCGUGGGGGUUUUGGGGAUAAGGGAUGUGCUGAGGAUGAGGUGGGGUGGGUGGCUGGGUACCAAACCUGGUCCUCUCCCCA